AUGGCGGCAGGCAAUAACGGAACUAGGCAGAUAGCCACGCUUCUCAAAAUAACCUCGACGGCCAGCGCCAUACCGCCAACCGAAGCUGUCGAAGCUAGUCAAAUUUUUCCCUAUAAAAUCAAAGCAGGCAUCAUUCUCUCGCGCGCACCCCGUAUCACUCGUGAUCUCACCCCCUUCGAAAAGUCAUUCUACUUCUACCAGCGUCGAUUGAACGAACGUCUCGCUCUUCCCUUUACACGAUACUUCUAUUUCAAGCGCGGUACCCCGGUAAAUGAAGAAUGGAAACGCAAAUUCAAGGAUCGACAGACACCCGCAAGAGAUAUAGGAAAAUACAAUGCUUAUGCGGAAACUGCUUGGAAUGACGAGUUAAUUGUUGGCGCCACCGAGUCCGAACCCCAGAACCAGGUAGAUGCCCUUGUUCGUGAUGCCGAAGGUUUCUCGGCUUCAGAGUAUGAAGGGGAGGCUAGGCAUGAGGAGAUCCCAAAGCCUCUUCCCAGAGUUUCCGAGGCAGACACGACUGGCGACGAGAAGAGCUUGGAUCGAGCAAUGCAGCGUACGUUGUAUUUGCUAGUGAAGGUAAAGCAGGGUUACUGGAAGUUCCCAAGCGUGACAUUGGAUGUCAAGGAGAACGUUCGAGCAGGAGCCGAACGCAGUUUGGUGCAAUCCGUGGGACCAAACAUGAACGUCUGGACGGUGGGCUACCAUCCAGUCAGCCAUUAUGUUCAGAGGUUCACCAAGCCCAUAAUCGACACAGCGACGGGCGCUGAACUUAAAGGCGAGAAGACCUUCUUCCUCAAGGGCCGGAUCCUAGCUGGCCAGGCUGAUGUCACCAAGAAUAUGCAAGACGUCGUCGAUUUCAAGUGGCUCUCAAAGGAGGAAGUUCAGAAACACGUGAUGCUGCCAUAUUGGAGCGCUGUUCAAAAUGCGCUGUCGGAGAGGUAG